CUUGGUCGGAGAUAGGUUGUAGAGCCCCUUGAAUGGGGAGAAUCGCUAGGCGGUCGUUGGUGCCAAGCAAGUCGACGACAACCCUCACGGCCUCGUUGAGCAGCCUGGCGCGUUUCCUCGGCACCGACGAGCCGCUGUGGUGGAGGCAGAGGACAAGAUCCACGGCCUCGCUUCGCCCUGCCGUUCCGCCGGCCGGUGCGGCGAUGCUCACCAUCGCCGGGAUGACGGGCCGGCCUGGGGGUUCCUUGUUGCUCCCCGCAGUUUUGCCGUCGAUCUUCACGAUUUCAGGGAUCUUGUUUGCUGUGGUUCUUGAAGACACCCUUGCUGUCGGUGGCAUAGCCUGGAAAUUUCCGGUGGAUACUCAUGUCCAAACAUCAUUUCGGCGAUUCGUAUGCUCCUACAAAGUCGUAGCCCAUUCUAUUUCAAAGUCUCAAGGUAUUAUGCCAUAA